AUGCCUUCUCAGUUUUUUUCCUUCGUGGAUUUUUUUUUUUUUUACAGAUUAUUUAACGUUUUCCUCGUUUGUCCAUAUCUCUCUUUCGAAGAAUUGUUUUCUGUAAACAUCGCUUUUUUUUUUACUACUCUUUUCUUUCUCUUCGUUUCUAUUUUUGCUUCCUCAUACUUUCCUUUGAUUUCCUCUUCUUCCCUUUUCGCCUUUUUUUUACUAAAAAACGAAGAGGAGAAAAUCAAUGGAAAUAUAGAAAGGGAAGAGAAGGAAAAGAUUACUUUCUACUUAUUUUCUUAUUUAUUCUUUUCUUUCUAUCUCUUUUUUCCCCUUUUUCUCUUUUUCUCUUUCCUUGUUCUUUUUGUUAUCUAUACAUCCUUCUCGUCUCAUUUAUCUUUCUUUCUUUCUUUCUUUCUUUCUUUCUUUCUUUCUUUCUUUCUUUCGCUGUCCAUUUCUCUUUCUAUACUGUUUCUUUUCUUUUUGUCUAUUUUAUCCUUUCUUUUUUCUCUUAAUUCUUUCCUUUUCUUUCUUUCGGUUACUUUUUUUUUGGGGGGGGGGAUUUUUUCUGCCCAAAUCUUUUUUGAUUUCUUCCUUUCCGUUUUUACAUCUUUCUCUUUCUCUGUCUUUAUCCCUUUGCUUUCUUUUUUCUUUUCACCUUUAGUCUUUGAUUUUCCUUCUUUCCUCUUAUUUAUUUCUUUUUUUCUUUUAUUUUUCUUUCCUCUUCUCUCUUUCUUUCUAUUUCCUUAUUUUACCUUUUGCCGUCUUUUCUUUUUUUUUUCUUCCCUAUUCUUUUUUUUCUCUAUUUCCUUCUUCCUUUUUCACUUGUUUUCCUUUUCUUAUUUCCUAUUCUUUGUUUUUAUUUUCUUUCCUUUCUUUUCUUUUUCUUCUUUCUAUUUCUUUCUUUCUGUUUCUUUAUUUCCUUUUACUUUUUCUCUUCUUUUCCUUCUUCUUCUUCUUUCCUCUUCUUUAUAUUUUCCUUUUGUAUUUGUCCCUUCUUUUCCCAUUCCCGUUUAUCGUCGCCAUAACUUCUCUUUAGCUUCCAUUCUCUACUCUUUUAUUCUGAUUCACUUUCUCUCCAAUAUUCUUACCCAGACCUCGACUGGAACAUCCAUUUGCGUUCAUUCAUCAGAAAAUUCUCAUCCAAUCCCAAACUCUCCAAAACCUGACCGCCCCCACCUUCCACCUCAUGGUCGUAAUUAUUAUUGCUGA